AUGCUGUUUUAUAUUUUGUGCUUCUUCCUCACACUGCCAUUUCUGCUUGUCUUGCUGUUGAGACUCCGAGCCAGUUAUGCUUCCUCGCAAUCGAGCAUUGGCAAGGAGCUGGCAGGAAAAGAGACCAUUGCUUUCUUCCAUCCUUAUGCUCACGCAGGGGGUGGAGGUGAGCGCGUUUUGUGGUGCUCGAUCCGCGCUGUGCAGCAGAGAUAUCCAACAGUGACUUGUGUCGUGUACACCGGAGACACUGACGUAACGCCUUCGGAGUUCUUGUUGCAGGCCAAGAGGCAAUUCGGGGUGGACAUCAACAGUGCAGGUAUUCGCUUUGUUUUCCUCCAUUCCAGACGAUGGGUCGAUGCAUCGUCCUGGAAACGCUUCACCCUCAUCGGCCAAAGUCUAGGUUCUUUAGUGGUUGGAUGGGAAGCUUUGUGCCAGUUGCGUCCCGAUAUUUACAUAGACUCAAUGGGUUAUGCUUUCACGCUACCUUUGUUCAGUCUUCUGGCUGGUUCGCGGGUUGGAUGUUAUGUGCAUUACCCGACAAUAUCCACCGACAUGCUGGAGCAGGUGGAACCCAUGAAGCGAUGGCGUUUGCAAUGA